CGCAAGCGAAUCGUACGCACUCGACGGAAGGUCAGAUUCAGCUCGUGCGCUGAAGAUAGUUGCAAUAAUCGGUUUUAGUAAAAUAGUUUCUAAAGAUGUACGUCAUACCCAUUAGCACAACAUCGCUUCUAGUCCUUAUCAUCAGCACAAUUUGUACGCUCAAUUUCAUAGAAGCUGCCCGGAACAACAGGCAUGUGACGUGCGGAUCCGUACUGAAGCUGCUCAAUACCGAUUACAAAGUGCGAUUACAUUCGCACGAUGUAAAGUACGGAACGGGGUCGGGUCAGCAGUCAGUGACGGCCACCGAGCUGCAGGAGGACGUAAACAGCCACUGGGCAGUGAGGGCUGCUACCGGAAAGCACUGCGAACGAGGGGAGCCCGUAAAAUGCGGUGACACAAUUCGUCUGCAUCAUCUUGCUACGAACAAAAACCUACAUUCGCAUCACUUCCAGAGUCCGCUGUCCGGUAAUCAGGAAAUCUCAGCCUAUGGCGAUGAACAGGGUGAAGGUGAUACCGGAGACCACUGGUUGUUGAUCUGUUCCGGAGACAGCUGGGUACGAUCAAAUGCGGUUCGGUUUCAACACAUCGACACGGACAUGUAUCUUGGUGUGUCGGGACGCACCUUUGGACGGCCUAUAAAUGGACAGAUGGAAGUGAUCGGUCUACCCAACCCAUACUCCGGCACUGAAUGGAUCGCCGCCGAGGGUUUGUUUAUUCAUCCGACGGAAAAGGAUAGCGGUUCACGUGUUCACACCGAGCUUUAAGCCACCCAGAACAAAAGUGCAUAUUGCAUGACUAUUAUUUAUUGUGGACUCUGCCUGGC